GAGCCUGCUAGUUCGGCCCGAUGAGGAAGGGAAGACGGAUCACAACGAUGGUCAAGAUUUCUCCGAUAGUCAGUGUCCAUCGCUGUCACUGAGCUGCGCUACGCUACGCUACGCCACUCGCUAUCUUGCCAAGACUACGUUCCAACAUUGCUCUUAUCUUUUUUGCUUUGUGUGGUACCGAAUAGUGACGAAACUUCGAAGGCACUUGUACUGUCGAGCGAAUCUCGAUCGACAGAACCCAGCUACCACGACGUUACUUUUUCGCAGCGAGUAGCUUGUAUCGCAUCUACAGACAGCCUUGUAUCCGGCCCUCGCUAGAUCAAGAUAGGCCCUACAACAUCCUAGGCCCCAUAGUGUUUGAACAAGAUGGACGACCAAUAUCCAGAACUGCAACUGCCGGAAUCACGAGUGCUGAUCGUUAUAACGGGCGGCACAAUAUGCAUGCGAAAAUCUCCAGACGGACUGGUACCUGCACGGGGCUUCCUCAAAGCUGGACUUGCACCGAGGCCGGUUUUCAAUGAUGGAUCUUACCCGGAACCUCUGGAGAUUGUUACAGACGACAAAGGCACACGCAAAGCCGUGCAAAGUCUCAGGACUCCGGUUAGCACAUAUGAACGCCGCGUGCGAUACUGCGUACUUGAGUUUGAAAAGUUGCUCGAUAGUAGCUCCAUCGACUCCAAUGGCUGGGAUCAGAUCGCGCGAACGGUCCAACGGAACUACCAACUCUUCGAUGGCUUUGUUAUAUUGCAUGGCACAGACUCGCUAGCCUAUACAUCAUCGGCUUUGAGUUUCAUGUUCCAUAACCUGGGGAAGCCUGUCAUUUUGACAGGAUCACAAGCGCCAAUGAUGAACUUGCAAACCGAUGCGCAAGAUAACCUCUUGAAUUCUCUGAUCAUCGCCGGGCACUUUAUGAUACCUGAAGUAUGUCUUUUCUUCAACUUCAAACUAUUCCGAGGAAAUCGCGCCACCAAAGUAUCCGCAGAAGAUUUUGAUGCGUUUGGUAGCCCAAACUUACCACCACUGGCAACUGUAUCCUCUACAAAGACCAAUGUCCUGUGGCAUCGCGUUCAUAGAUCCGUCGAUCUCAGACCCUUUACCAUCCAGACGAGUCUGGAUACAGCACAUGUAGCCUGUCUACGCGUGUUCCCAGGCAUUACACCAGCGAUGGUGGAUGCAGUCCUGCGUUUGGAAGGCCUUAAAGGGCUAGUGCUCGAGACCUUUGGAGCCGGAAAUACCCCAGGCGGACCAGAUAGCGCAAUGACUAGAUGCUUAGCAGACGCAGUGAAAAGGGGGAUUGUGAUUGUAAAUGUCACACAGUGUUUAAGUGGCAGUGUCAGCGCCCUAUACGCACCAGGGGCAUUCCUUGGUCGUGCUGGAGUCGUCUUUGGCCAAGAUCUAACCUCAGAAGCAGCGCUCACCAAAUUAGCCUACCUUCUUGCACUACCGGAUGCUACACCCGAGGAAGUUGCGAAGCGCAUGUCUGUUUCGCUACGUGGCGAGCUUACUGAGACGACACGAACCCAUUUUGAGCACCCAUCAAGGAGCGGUGUUCUUACCCCUGAGCUCUCAAGUCUUACAGCGCUCGGCUAUGCUGUUCAAAAAGGCGAUCUGCAAGCGACGAAAGACAUUAUUCGAGGAGAGCCUCGAUGGCUACUCAACGAUGCCGAUUAUCAGAUGAACAGUCCUGUAGUAAGUGCCUCUCCGUCCAGUCAGCACUCAUAUACCUAUCUUUGUUCUUCUUUCUACUUUCCAGGAACCGCACAUGUUGCGAUGCCUCCGUUGUUCCUGUAUCAUGUAAGAGCCGGUAUCGGAAUCGGGCGCACAAUAUCUAGAGCAUGGCUAGCAGCAUUCCGAGACAGGCAACGCAUACAUCAUUAUCAAGAUAAAGAUGCGAGAGGCCGUCGGCAUCAGAGGAACAGAGCCAAACAGCUCUCAGCCGUGUACCAGUGGUGCGGCAAGACGCAGUCGCUUAUCUUUCAGCCCAUCACUGCACUGCAUCCGGUUCUGGAGUGACUUUAUUCCGUCCGCGCGAGAUUGCGUUCCUUGCUGACGUGCCCAUGUAGCAUCUUGCGGCAACAAGCCCGAAUGUUGAGAUUCUGCGAGACUUUCUAGCUCAAGGCGCCUCCGUGCAUCUUCGAAACCGAUCAGGAAAUACCCCGCUCUUCUUGGCCGCAGCCGCUG